GCGCGGAGGAGGCGCUGCACGUCGGCCUCCUCGCCGGGCCGGCCCGAGCCCCGCCGGCGGCCGUGGGGAGAUGGCCGCGGAGGACGCCGGCAAGGUCCUGGUGACGUUUGAGGAUGUGGCGAUCUAUUUCUCGCAGGAGGAGUGGGCGAUGCUGACGGCAUGGCAGAGGGAUCUGUACCAGGAGGUGAUGGAGGACAACUUUGAGCUGGUGGCCUCGCUAGUUCCGGAGGAAUUCCUGCCGUUCCCGCCUUUCGCGGAGCCAUAUCAGCCAUUCGAGCGUUCCCUGCCGUCCGCCCCGGCGCCUUCGGAGUCCUCCGUUCCGAUGCCGUCCACCUCGUCGGUUCCGGCGCCAUUUCGCUGGCCUGCCCCGGUGCCCGCUCCUCUACCUCCUUGCCAGUCUGUCCCGGGGGUAGGGAACAUGGCCUCCUGGCAGGAUUUCGUGGCCUGGUUCCAGCAGUCCGUGCCCUUCCUGCAGCAUCCUUCGGUUCCGCAGCCUUCCGUUCUGGCUCAGCCGAUUGUGCACCCUGCGCCUGCUCCUCCUGCGGCUAGCGUGCUGGUCCAUUCCUCGGUUCCUGCGCCUCGUCCUUCAGCCCCAGUUGAUCGCCGGACUUCGGUUCCGACGCAAACCCCGGCAGAAUUUUCAGAUUCCGAGGAUGAGGAGGGCCUGGCUUCCCCGUCAGAAUAUUCUUCGGAUGUGGCUUCUGACCCUUCCCCGGAUGACACCGUGGGCGAGCUUCGUUCGUCGUCCCCAAACGACGACUACAGAAUGUUCGCCGAGCAGAUGGUGAGGAUGGCCGCUGCGUUGGAGAUAGACGUUUCCUCCACGACUUCCAAGCCCAAAAGCAAGCUGCUAGAGGCGCUGUAUUCUGGGUCCCCCGCGUCGGUGGCGUUCCCCCCUGUGGAGGAUUUCGUUGACAAUGCCCUUGCGCUCUGGCAGUCACCGGCGUCCCUGCCGCCGACGGCAAAGAAGGUCGAGAGGUACUACCGCCUGAAGCAGGACGACUGCCCGUACCUCUUCACUCACCCUAAGCCCUCUUCUAUCGUGGCGGAGGAAGGUCAGGCUCGGUUCCGAUAUGGUUCCUCUUCGGCUCCGGCAGACCGGGAAGGCAGAAAGCUGGAUGGCAUGGGCAGGAAGAUCUACUCGUCUGCGUCCUUGGGAUUCCGUAUAGCAAAUUUCCAAGCUAUAAUGGGAUCCUAUAAUUUAUUCCUGUGGAGAAGGCUGUCCUCUUACCUCUCCGACCUCCCGGAGGAUCGUCGCCACCUGGUUAAGGCCCUCCAAGCCGAGGCCAUGAAGCUGUCAAAACAGCAGAUGACAGCUGGCAAGGACGCCGCCGACUCUGCAGCGCGAGCGAUGGCGACUUCGGUGGUCCUGCGUCGGCACGCCUGGCUCCGGUCCACGGCCCUGCCGCCAGAGAAGAAGGCGAAAGUGGAGGAUUUCCCGUUCGAGGGGCCCCAGCUCUUCUCGGAGAAGACGGAUGAAUCCCUUUCCCUGAUGAAGAAAAAUCAGCAAACGGCCAAGUCCCUGGGAGUCGCCCCCUCAGCUCAACCGUCGGGUCCGAGGUAUCGUUAUGGUCGGUUCCGAUCCUACCAGACCCCUUAUCAGCCUUACCAGCAGCGUCAAGGGCGGUUCUUCUCGGGCCAGUCCUAUGGUCACCGAUCCUAUUCUACCCAGCAGCGUCGUUCGUCCAGGCGUUCCGGCCGGUCCAAGGGCAGGCAACAGCCCUCUUCACCCAAGCCUUCAACCUCCGCACAGAAGCCCUCGGUCUUCUGACUAAGCCUGAACGCUCCCCUGUUGGCCUCUGAGGACACUCCCUCUACUGCCCGGUUCUUGGACAGGCUUCGGCCUUUUUUGCCCUGCUGGCAGCUUGUUACAUCUGACGCCUGGGUCCUAUCUAUUGUGGCCCAUGGUUACAAAUUGUUGUUUGUUGAUGCACCUCCCCUUUCUCUCCCUCCCCGUUGUUCUCCAUGUUGUGAUGUUGUGUUACACAAUAAUGUUAUAGAGUUGGUGAACAAAGGUGCUGUCCGGGUGGUCAAUGUCGCUACUUCCCCUUGGGGAUUUUAUUCGAGGUAUUUCCUGGUGGAUAAGAAGGAUGGAGGUUCCCGGCCCAUUUUGGACCUUAGGGGCCUCAACAGUUAUUUAAGGGUUGAGAAAUUUCGGAUGUUGACCCUGGCACGGGUUAUAGAGCUCCUGGAGGUUGGCGUUUGGCUAGCUAUUCUAGACUUGAAAGACGCCUACUUCCACAUCUCCAUUUUCGAGGGCCACAGAAAAUACCUGCGGUUUGUCUAUGGGGAUUCUGUGU